AUGCCGUUUGGACUAAAGAACGCCGGGGCUACUUUUCAGAGGAUGGUAACGAAGAUGUUCGCUCAUCUUCUGGGCCGAACAAUGGAGGCCUAUAUCGACGACAUGGUGGUGAAGAGUAAGGAGAAGUCUCAAUACCUCGCCGACCUUGCAGAGAUGUUCGCCAUACUUAAGCUCCACAGGCUUCGCUUGAACGCCGCAAAGUGCUCCUUCGGAGUUGGCACCAGAAAGUUUCUGGGUUUUCUGGUCACAAAUCGAGGGAUUGAGGCUGACCCAUCACAAAUCAAGGCCAUACAAGACCUGGAGCGUCCCAACUCCACGAAGGACGUGCAACAUCUCGCCGGGAUGGCAGCCAAGCUGUUUAUUGGCGAGAUGUGGAAGCUCUUCGUUGAUGGGGCGUCCAAUAGACAUGGGGCCGGGCUGGGCAUCGUGCUGAACUCGCCGGACGGGUUGGUCAUCGAACAGGCAAUUACACUCGGCUUCCCAGCAUCCAACAACGAGGCUGAGUAUGAAGCUCUCCUUGCCGGACUAAGAAGCGCACUGAGAAUGAAAGCCACAGCCCUUAUGGUAUUUAGUGAUUCCAAGUUGGUGGUCAAUCAGGUCUCAGGGGAGUAUGAAGUGAAGGACGAAAGAAUGGCCAAUGAAGCGUUGGCAUUGGAGUUAGACCUUGCUGAAGAAAGAAGGGAGCGAGCAUUGAUCCACAUAGCAGCUUAUCAACAAGAACUCUCCAAAAAGUAUAACAAGGUUGUGCAUCCCAGGAUGUUCAAGAUUGGGGACUGGGUAUUAAGAAAGGUGCUUGGCAACACAGUGGUCCCUGGUGAGGGAAAGCUCGGUGCAAAUUGGGAAGGACCAUACAAAGUGAUUGGUCUUGCCGCUUUUUUAGACCUUUAG